AGGUCGACGUCGAGGGCUUCACUGCGAUCUCCAAAAAACCUGGAAACCGUGAUCCUCCCGGCAUCUGGUUUGAUCGGACAAUAGUGAUGGCGAUUCAGUUGGAGAACCUGGUGGAGUCGAUAAAGUCGAAGGUUCGGGCGCUGAAGAAGUCGAAGAAGCCAUACAUAAAGAUGGACAAGAGCUCCAGCGUGAAGGUGGAGAUCCGAAGCAGAAAGGCUAAGAAGCUCAUUGACAAGACCAUGAGAGCUGCCGAUCGUCCCGGAAAGAGAACCAUUUCGUAACUCUUCCUUUCUCUCUUUUUCUGACUCCCUCUGUCUCUGUAUCCAUCUGUAGAUAUGGGAUAGGAUUUUCUAUUUUUGCUUUUGUUUAAAUUUUUUUCCGCUUGUUUGUUUUGCUUUGUUGAUGUGCCGACCAAUUCUGUGUUUCCUGGCGAGGAAUGCGCCAAUUACUGCCGGCGAAAUGGUAAUAGCACCGGCGUAGGGCUGGGAACCGUUUCGGUUCGGCUUCAUAGAUCUAUAUAUUUAGAAAAAUGAAGAUUUUUCUUUUCAAUCUCAA